UUCCUAAUAAAGUGGCCGGUGAGGGUGCAUGUUCUCAGACACAACCGCUGUGCUCUUCAUUCCAGUCCAGUUGGUGGCAGCAAAGCACCAAACACUAAUACCACCACCAUUAAAACUAAAAGAAGAAGAGUUACUACGCUGCAUGGAAAAAAAAACAAAAAAAACAUGGCGGCUUACAGGAGAUCGCCCUUGCAGUUCUUUCUAUCAACUCAGACAUCACGUGUGAUCUGCAGCAGAAAUGUACAAGUCAAAAGUGCAGAAGUGAAGCCGUUAUAUCCGGCGAUUUUACCGUCUCGGACAGCGAAGAGUAAAUCUGCGAAGAGGAGAGUGUUACUGGAGUUCUUCGAGCGCCUGCGCACAGUCGAGCCCGAGGAAAAGAUCCGAGCCCUGACCCGCAUCCAGCGCAUGAAGUAUGUGCUUUACCCUCAGACCUUUGCUGUAGGAGCGGAUACAUGGUACCAGCAUUUCACCAAGACAGCAUUCCUCCCGGGUCUUCCUGAGAAGCUGAGCACUGCUGAGAUGGACGAGGCUGCAGUGUCUGAGCUGAGCUCCACAGUGUGUCAUGCUCUUCUCCAGGAGCACUGGUACAUGAAGAAAGGCAGGACAUUCAUUCAGAAAGAGCAGAAGCAGUUUGUUACACCCUUUUUGAUGAAUGCUGUGUCUGGGCUUAUUGCCUCAUUGGCCAGCAGAAAUCCUGUCCUCCAACUGUCUAGUCUAGAUCUGUCUCCUCAUGUCAACUUCUACUGGGUGAACGGAGAGAGGACUAUUCCACGAGGACACCGGCGUGGCAGAGUCGAGCCACAGAGGUUCCAGAUUGAUGACAGACCUCACAGCCAGAUACGGAUCAGGCAGCAGCUACCUGAGUUUGUGCCACUCGAGACAGAGGUGGCUGCUGAAGUGCCAGUAAUCCAGCUGGCUCCUGAUCGCAUGCCUUUGUUCCAAAGACAGUAUGACAAUAAUAUCUCUACAGGUGCUAAACUGCAAGAUCCAUGCUGCUAUGGUCACACACAGUUCCACAUGGUCCCUGAUAGGUUCCGCAGGGACAAACUAAUUAAUAAAAACCUCUCUGACCACAUUGAGGUGUUUUUGAGGGCCAACGCUAUUGCAAGCCUCUUUGCAUGGACAGGAGCACAGGCCAUGUAUCAAGGCUUCUGGAGUGAACAGGAUGUGAGCAGGCCAUUUGUGUCCCAGGCUGUGAUCACCGAUGGGCAGUACUUCUCUUUCUUCUGCUAUCAGCUCAACACACUGGCUCUGAGUUCGUUCUCUGUUCCCGAUAACCCACGUAAGAACCUGUGCUGGGGCACAGAGAGCCUGCGCCUCUACGACAGAGUCACAGAUGGAGAUGUGAUCGGCUGGGACAAUGACGUGUUUAAGCUCCUUGUCAAGUUUCUGCUGAACAAGCCAUAAAUUAAAUCAAGAGAGCUUGAGUGUGGAAAUCUGGUGGAAUUUUCCUAAUAGAAAAUAAAUAAAAUAUAAUAUAUGCCA